CCAGGGUGUGCCAUGAGUGGCUUAAUAGCUGAUGCCAAGACUUUAAUUGAUAAAGCAAGAGUGGAGACUCAGAAUCACUGGUUCACUUACAACGAAACCAUGACAGUGGAGAGCGUGACACAGGCCGUGUCCAACCUGGCACUGCAGUUUGGGGAGGAGGAUGCAGACCCAGGGGCGAUGUCUCGUCCGUUUGGUGUCGCGCUGCUUUUUGGAGGAGUUGAUGAGAAGGGACCUCAGCUGUUUCACAUGGACCCGUCGGGAACGUUUGUUCAGUGCGAUGCCAGAGCCAUCGGCUCCGCCUCGGAAGGUGCACAGAGCUCUCUGCAAGAGGUUUACCACAAGUCAAUGACACUGAAAGAAGCCAUCAAAUCUUCCCUGGUCAUCUUGAAACAAGUGAUGGAGGAGAAACUGAAUGCCACCAACAUUGAGCUUGCCACAGUGGAGCCUGGGAUGAAGUUCCACAUGUACACAAAAGAGGAGCUUGAAGAGGUCAUCAAGGAUAUUUGAAAAGGAGAGAGACUCCCUCCAAGGCUCAUUCCCCCCACCCCAGUCAAAGUGAACUGACUCCCAGUUCCUUCCAGUACCUGUGAUUUUAUUUUCCAGCAGCAUCUGUUAAUUGCUCUUCUUUAGAAGGCUCUUAAGGUUUUUUUACAGUUUCUGUACAUAACUGAUCUCUGCAAUAAGAGGAAAUGAGAAUAAAUCAUUUUGUUACUCUA